AAUAUUUUCUUUUCCCUCAAGUUUGUCCUUUUCCUGGGUUAUGCUGUACUUUGGUUACGAGGACGGUUGCAAGCCUUUUUAGUAUGGGUUAUUCAAGAGUCUCAAAGUUUCAAUGAGAGAUUGCAGCACUCAUGGAGGGGUCUUCCCGUCAUGCAAGACAUAAACAACGGUAUCAGUGAUGCAACAACACUGUUCAUCUUGCCAUUUAAUGAUCUACAAAGGUUGCAGCUGUCAUGGAGAGGUCUUCCUGUCAUGCAGGAAACAAACAACAGUGGAACCGGAACAGAAAGAUUCCAGUUGCCACCAAGAGGUCUGCAAGUUAUUGGCACUGAGAGAAUGCAGCUGUCUUGGAGAGGCCUUCCUGUCAUGCAGGACACAAACAACAAUGAGAGAAUGCAGCUGUCUUGGAGAGGUUUUCCUGUCAUGCAGGACACAAACAACAAUGAGCAGCUUGAAAACAUCGACGGCAUACUUCAGGAUUGUAUUCCUCCAGGGCUGUGAGCCUAUAUUUCUACCCAGAGGUGUGAAUCGAUACUGACACUUUCUUAACAUAACCAAAAAUUUAAAAACAAGCAAGACAUCAAGAAAAGGAGAAUGGUGGCCUCAGCCGUCCAUACCAGAAGCAGAUUCCACAAGCAAUCUUCCUUGGCAUUUAUUUAAAAGAAGAAUAAAUAUUUCGAAUCUACGAUGGUUAGUUUUAAGAUAGAUAGAUAAUGAUGAUGAUAAUCUUGUAUACAGCUAUUUCAUUAAAGGUUGAAUACUGAA